AUGAAUAGUUCUUCAAAAGCUAAGGUGUUCGUGCAUAGUGAUCGAUAAUGGGAAGAGAUUUGCGUAGGGUAUGUUUAAAUUGUGCAUACAGAUGGUGCUAGUUUUAUAAGAGGAAUAUUGGAAAAAUAAUUGAAGUAAUGUAACAAUAUAGUGACAUAUUCUCAUUUGAAUACAAACAAAGAAGAUUGGUGCAUUAAUUUAAAAGUGAAUCCAGAAAUAAUUUAUGAGUAGCAAGGCGAUAAUAUCAUCUCUUGGGAGGAAAUUGAUUUGAAAUUAGAAAUAGCUAUAAGUUUUAUUGAUUGUAGAUAUUCAUCUGAGUUUUGGAAUUAAUUAUAAAAUAGUAGAAGACAUUUUCGAUACGAUGAUCCAGAAUCAACGUAUCCUAUAAUACCAUCUCAAUAGAAUUUAGAAGCAGUUUAAUUAUGGAUUAGUGAUAAUCCCGAUUUAAUAAUAUAGAAACUUACAACAGAUCCAUAAAACACUUUUUUAGAAGCAUUAGCAAAGAUAUUUUAAGACUCUGAAGCAUAAUAACAUAUUCAUACAUUAGAAUAAUUACAUUAUGUAAUAAGAAAUUUAAGUAUAUAUAUUUGAUGUAUCUCUUUUAGUAUAUUUAAAAAAUGAAAAUGUUCUAAAAAGAUUGCUUAGUGAUAAAUUUUAUAUGACCUUUUUUGGGAUUAUGGAAUGUAAAUUUAUAUUUUUAAUAAUUGUAGAUCAUUCUGAAAAUAGAGGACCACAAAGAGUUUCUUAUAGGAGUUUCUUAAGUUCUGAAUUGAAAUUUCAUUAAAUUACAGAAUUGAAUCCCGAAGUAAUGGAGAAAAUUCACUUUAAUUAUAGAUUGUCAUAUUUGAAAGAAAGUGUUAUGGCAUAUUAUCUUUAUUUAGAAGAUCCAAUAUAUAAUUAAUUCAAUUUUUACAUUAAUUAAAAUAACUAAUAGAUAUUAGAAAGUCUUUUGUUGAAUCACAGAGGAUAAUUUGAAGAUUUUUUGAUAAACUUUGUAGAAAAUCUGGAAUUGAAUUGUAAGUUUAUAAAUGAAUUUUUUUUGUCAUUUAAAUAGUUUUUAUAGAUUCAAUCCUUGAAUGAUGCAUUUGUGAGUUGUAUUGCCAAAGCAGAUUUAUUAAGGGUAUUAUUUUCAAAGACACUAGAAAUAUAAUAACAGUAACUAUGUUUUACAACAUUGUAAUUGACUAUUAUGAUUGCAAAUUCUAAUUCAUAAUACUUCUAAGAAUUUUUGAAAUAAAAUCAAUAACUCUUUUGGUAAAGUAUGGAAACUUUACUGUUUAAUAAUAUGACUACAUUAAAUAGUAUGAUUAUCGACAUAAUUCAGUAUAUCUGUUAGAAUUAGGCAAUCCUAGGAUAAGGAAUAGAUUGGUUGAUGAGAUGUUUUAAUAAAAGAUUGAAUGCAUCUGCAGUAGCAUCAUUAUAAGAGAUUGUGUAACUAAUUUGUUAAUAAUAAAAAACAUUUACUUAAGAAUUGGUAAUACUAUCUAAUCAUAUAUUGAAUAUUUUGGAUUAGCAAUUAAAAUUAGCAAUAAAGGAUAAAUUUAUGAUAAUGCCUACAUUGAAACAUUUUAAGUAUUUAUGUACAUCAAAUUGUUCAUAAAUUGUUAAGCCUUAUUGUGAAUCAUUCAUCAAAAUUACUACAAGUUAAAAAUUAUUUGGAGUAUUAGAAGGUCAAAUAAGAGACAUUAUCAAGUAUAUAAAAUAAAAUACAACUCUUAGUCAAUAUAUUGUAUAUGAUUGAUUUAUUAUUUAGGUUAUUUAAGUAAGGAUUUUAAAUCUGUAGGAUCAUCCUCUAUAUGCAAAGUUGGUACAGCAGUAUUCGUAUGUUCAUAUAGAGGAUGGAUAGAAAACAAGAAUGUAGAUGGAGGAUUUAAAAUAUUAUGAGAAAGAUGAUUCGGAGGAGUAAACACCUCAAUAAUAAACAGUUUAAGUGAUGAGGGAAGAAAUAAGAUUAGAUUUUAACAAAAUUGUUAGAAAAAAAAAUGAUAAUGAUGAAGAUGAAGAUGAAAUGAAAGUUAGAGAACCAAAACCAAAAGGAAUCAUUUUUGGGGAUAAUUGUUUUAAAAGAAUAAAAACGGAUGAUGAUGAUGAGAAUUGAUUUUAUCUUAUUACUCAAUAUAAUAACCCC